UCAGUAUUUGCUUAAACUUUUUAUGAAAAAACACAAAAGGCAAAAAGUCUGAAAGCAUGUCAAUUCCCCAUGAUUUGGCUGUGGAGAUUCUUGUACAAUUACCUACCAAGUCUUUAAAGAGAUUCAGAAGCGUUUGCAAAGCAUGGGACUUUAUGAUAACCAAAGACGCCGGAUUUAUUUACCAACGAUGCAUGCGACAAGUGCGAAACUGGAUUGCGGCGGAGACUCUAUUUUUGAGCGUUCGAGCCUAUGAUUACCCAAACAUUAGAAAACUUAAAGAAUCAGGUUCUUUAUGCAUCGCUCGAGUCUAUAAGAAGCAGUUGUUUCCCUCUUCAAAUCAAUUAAGCUUCUAUCAGAAAUCAUAUUAUAAUGAUGAAUAUGAUGAGCUCAUUGACUAUAUUGCUUUGAACUACUUCCAACGAUUCAUUUCGAGUGAUACUUUUCCGGAUUUGAGGAACAUAAAUGAUCGUGAUUGUGUUCGCGCCUUAGUUAUCAGUUGCUUGUUUAUUGCUAUGAAGAUGAAAGACAAAUCCUUCGACAAGAAAGUUUACAUGCAAAACCGGCCUCAUUUGAAAAUCGGUGAACAAACUAUUGACUUGGUCGGGAAUUUGAUCCUCAAAGUAAUUGGAGCUCCUGCAAAUUGUGUAAAUCCUCUCUUCUAUGUGUCGAGCUUCUUGUAUUUAGCAGCAGAAGCAAGAAAAUGCUACAAAUUACAUACCAUUAAGCUGAUACUUCAGUCACAGAAAGAGAUAAAGAUUACGCAAUUCAGGCCUUCAGAAAUAGCAGCAUCGGCUGUUCUUAUCAGUGUCAGCUUUGACUCUGUCGCAAAGUUUGAGGAAGUUAUGGCAAUUUUUACAGGCGGAGACUUCAGAAUGGAAAGAAGAAGAUUAGAAGCAUGUUCGUGUUUGAUUAAAAACUGUUCCCCAAAUAACAAAAUGCCGACUCCAAAGAGGAUGAGAAUCUGUCAUGUAAAUGAAGGAUUAUUAAGAUUAAAUGCAGUAGCUGAAUGUUCCUCCAGCAAAAUGACAAUGAAUGAGAUAGUAAAGAAGGAGCAUGAAGUGGAGGAGGAUAUUGAACUGGAAUGGAUGUUUGAUAAGGAUGACGAGCUGUUCACAUCUCUGUUCCCAAUGGAUAAAAGCUUUCCUAAAGAAAAUGAACGGUGCACAAGAAAAAUGAAUAUUAUAAAUAUUUUACGUAAAUGA